AUGAUCUUUUCACUGAAUCGUCAAAGGCAAGAGACGAGGAGGGUGAGAGAUGUUCCUGAGGAAUCUGAGAGGAUAAUUGCGGUUCAACGACUGAGGCGAAUCGUCGGAGCUACGGCUGGACCGGAGAAGUUCCACCGUGCUUCGCCACUAAAGAGAGAACAAGCAAGAGCAGCAGGGGCUUCACAUUUCGGGUUGAAUGGUUGUCUGAUUCCAAAGGUGGAGUUUGUGGAUCCUGUUGGAAACAGACUUGGGUUUCAGGAUGCCAAGGCCCAUUUGACAGCAAGAGUUAGAGAGACAAGUAAUGGCUCAAGAGGAGGUUGUUGCAUCUCCAAGGCAAAGAGGAAAAGGAAACAAGAAGAAAAAAUAAACAAGGGAUCUAUAUAA